UCUUUCAGGGUCUCUUUCGCUCUCCAGGCCUCUCGAGACAAUUCCGUUUCUCUACAGAGACUCCUUCCUCUUGUGUCGGAGAUUUGAUCUCGACCGUUCAGUUCAAGGAUUCUUGUCGUCCGUCCGAUCGUCCCCCGCAGGGCUCAUCUAACGGUUCAGAUAUCAUGCAGUCCAGUUCCAUGAAGAUCUCUCCGUUCGAUCUCAUGUCGGCGAUCCUGAAGGGGAAGUCCAAUCCGGCGGCCAUUCCGUCAGAUUCCGGCGCUGCUGUUAUCAUCGAGAACCGCGAUUUCCUGAUGAUCCUCACAACGUCGAUCGCUGUCUUCAUCGGAUGCGUAGUGAUCUUCAUCUGGCGGAGAUCAAACGGCCAGAAAUCUAGCAAAGUCGUGGACCCGCCUAAGCCGUUGAUCGUGAGGACCGAGCCGGAUCCGGAAGUGGAUGACGGGAAGAAGAAAGUCACGAUCUUCUUCGGCACGCAGACUGGCACUGCAGAAGGAUUUGCCAAGGCACUGGCGGAAGAGGCGAGGGCACGGUAUGACAAAGCGAUUUUUAAAGUCGUUGAUCUGGAUGAUUAUGCGGCUGAUGACGAUGAAUAUGAGGAGAAGAUGAAGAAAGAAAAUAUAUCGUUUUUCUUUUUAGCAACAUAUGGAGAUGGUGAGCCAACAGAUAAUGCUGCAAGGUUUUACAAAUGGUUUACAGAGGGGAAUGAGAGGGGAAACUGGCUUCAGAACCUCAAAUAUGGUGUUUUUGGGCUUGGAAACAGGCAGUAUGAGCAUUUUAAUAAGAUAGCUAAGGUGGUGGAUGAGUUGAUUGCAGAACAGGGUGGCAAGCGGCUUGUCCCGGUGGGUCUUGGAGAUGAUGAUCAAUGCAUUGAGGAUGACUUUACUGCAUGGCGAGAGCUUGUAUGGCCCGAGCUAGACCAGUUGCUUAGGGAUGAAGAUGAUGCAUCUGGUGCUACUACGCCUUACACUGCUGUUGUGCCGGAGUACCGAGUUGUAUUUUAUGACCCUGAAGAUGCAGCACUUCAAGAGAAGAAUUGGAGUAAUGCAAAUGGCCAUGCUGUCCAUGACGUUCAACAUCCAUGCAGAGCUAAUGUGGCUGUGCGGAAGGAGCUUCACACCCCAGCAUCAGAUCGUUCUUGCAUUCAUUUGGAAUUUGACAUUUCUGGCACAGGGCUCGCGUAUGAAACAGGGGACCAUGUUGGUGUGUUUGCUGAGAAUUGUACUGAAACUGUGGAGGAGGCAGAAAGCUUAUUAGGUCUCUCACCAGACACUUUCUUCUCCAUCCAUACGGACAAAGAGGAUGGCACCCCCAUCAGCGGAAGCUCCUUACCACCCCCAUUCCCAUCUUGCACCUUAAGAACUGCUCUUGCCCGAUAUGCUGACCUCUUGAAUUUCCCUAAAAAGGCUGCUCUAGUUGCAUUAGCUGCUCAUGCUUCUGACCCCAGCGAAGCUGAACGACUAAGAUUUCUUGCUUCUCCUCUUGGAAAGGAUGAAUACGCACAGUGGGUAGUUGCAAGCCAGAGAAGUCUCCUAGAAGUCAUGGCUGAAUUUCCGUCUGCCAAGCCACCUCUUGGAGUUUUCUUUGCAGCAAUUGCCCCUCGCUUGCAGCAUAGAUUCUAUUCGAUCUCCUCUUCUCCAAAGAUGGCGCCAUCUAGAAUUCAUGUCACGUGUGCGUUAGUGCAUGGACCGACACCCACAGGGCGGAUUCACAAAGGCGUGUGUUCAACCUGGAUGAAGCAUUCAGUUCCGUUGGAGGAAAGCCGCGACUGUAGCACAGCUCCUAUUUUCGUUAGGCAAUCGAACUUUAAGCUGCCUGCAGAUUCUUCUGUACCAAUUAUCAUGAUCGGUCCUGGAACGGGAUUAGCUCCCUUUAGGGGUUUCUUGCAGGAAAGGUUUGCUCUGAAAGAAGCUGGAGCAGAACUGGGCCCUGCCACGCUCUUCUUCGGCUGCAGAAACCGCAAAAUGGACUUCAUCUAUGAGGAUGAGUUGAACAACUUUCUUGAAGCAGGUGCACUUUCUGAGCUGAUCAUUGCUUUUUCACGUGAGGGGCCGAAAAAGGAAUAUGUGCAGCACAAGAUGGCAGAUAAGGCCUUGGAUAUCUGGAACGUGAUCUCUCAGGGCGGUUAUAUUUAUGUCUGUGGUGAUGCUAAAGGCAUGGCCAAGGACGUCCAUCGUGUCCUCCACACCAUUGUCCAAGAAAAGGGAUCGCUGGAUAAUUCCAAGACGGAGAGCUUUGUGAAGAAUCUUCAGAUGGAAGGGAGGUACCUGCGUGAUGUAUGGUGAGAUAUCCGUCUCAGCUGGGUUUCUCUUGAGGAAAUUGCCACAUAAUCAUGCAGAUCCUGGAAUCUCAAGAUAAAAAAAGAGAUAAGAGUUUGGGAGAUGGCACUCUGUUGUGCCUUUGCCCAAUUCACCACCUCGAGGAAGCUGGUCACCGAUGAUCCCGCUAUUCUUUUUUCCUCUAACAAGGAUUUUUUCUUCUUCUUCUUGUAAUCCAUAAAUUUAUUAAGCAGGUUAAUAAGUUAUUCAUAUAUGUAGUUUGGUUGAUGGUGGGCCACACAAGGUUUGGUGGGCCACCAUUUAUAGAGAGAGUGGACUCUAUAGCCGUGUAGGGUGGGGUAUGUAUAAAUAGAUGACAAUUGUGUGCGGUCAUUGAGCGUAGUGUUGUGUUUCUUUUAUCUGAAACUCUGGAAAACACGGAAAGACGAGAGAGAGAAUUUGGAUGCAGCCCUUCAAUUUUA